AUGAAGUUCGCAACCAGCGUCAUUGCUCUCGCGCUCGCAUUUGUCGCGCUCGCCUCUCCCGUCGAACGCGGCAUCAAACCAGUGCAGACGGCGAUCAUGGCGAUCAGCGACCAGGCAGACGCUCUCAAUAGCGCUAUCGCGGUCUUCAAGUCGUCCCCAUCGCUGAACACCGUUCUCACCAUCACAAGUGAUUUGGCCAGUCUGGUGGGGACCGUCGCUGCGGCCACUGAUAGCGUAACUUCGAGCGCAACUUUCACCAAAGCCCAGAGUGCCAACGUCGUUUCGAACACUACUGCGCUCGCGUCACACCUUGACACCGCUCUCACGAGUCUUCAGUCGCAACGUAGUAACUUCAAUGCAUCACCCCUUGUGCCGUCUAUCGCCACCACGGAGGGCUCUCUUUCGCAACUGCAAAGCGCCUUUACUGGAUUGGGAAACGCCCUGUCAGCUAAGAUUGCCAAGAGUAGCACACUGUCGCUAGACGAAACCCUCGACUCGAUCAGCAACGUCGUCACCCCCACCCUCAACGCCUUCGCCUAG